UAUAUUUAGCGAAAUUUUAUAUUUUUGAACGACUGAAAUUUUUGAACUGGUUUCGCUACCGCGUUAGGGUAUUCCCCGUCGGUGUGCGCAACAAUUCGUUAGGAUAAAUUUUGUUUUCUUCGCCACGUCCGAUCGUGGAAGGGCAAAACGGCCUUGCGAGUAGAACGCGCUAAUUUUUGUGUGUGUGUCCUCUUUUGUUAAGACAGUGUGGCGUUCGCGGUUCCGGUCGUAGUACGGGAAUUACUUAUUUCGUCAACUGGCGAUGGAGACCAAGUUCCAGAGGGUCAGGACUGACGAAGAUGACGUCAUCGACGGUACUGGCGGAUACGGAAGAAGGGAGUCGUGGCGAAUAUGGAAAAAUGUCCUCGUUAUUGGGUUCGCGUUCAUGAUUCAUUUCACCGCGUUUUGGGGAGCCUCGAAUCUACAAAGUUCGAUUAACGCCGAAGCCGCCCUUGGAACGUUCACUUUAGCGGCUAUUUAUGGGUCGCUUAUAUUAUCCAAUAUAUUUCUUCCGGUAAUUGUUAUAAGGUGGUUGGGGGCCAAAUGGACAAUCGCCGUCGCGUUUAUAACGUACAUGCCUUUCCUGGCGGCCCAGUUUUAUCCGAGAUUUUACACCAUGAUUCCAGGAGGAUUGGCAGUUGGUUUCGGAGGUGGACCAUUAUGGUGCGCCAAGUGUACCUACCUCACCAUAAUAUCCGAAGCAUACGCAAAAAUCACGGGCGCAGGAUCAGACAUUGCAGUCACAAGAUUUUUCGGAGUUUUUUUCAUGUUCUAUCAAUUUUCCCAAGUGUGGGGAAACUUGAUCAGCUCCGCAGUACUGUCUUCUGGUGAAACGAACGAACCUGAUACCAACACAACGUACGGUAAUGCGACAACGGCAUUAGAAAGAGUAAUUGCACUAGAUGCUUUUGAAUUUUGUGGUGCCAACUUUUGCCCCGACACAGUACAAGAAGCGACCAAUCCCAACUUAAAACCCCCGUCGGUCGAAAAAGUGAAUACAAUUACCGGAAUCUAUUUAGCCUGCAUGAUCGCAGCCUGCGUGAUCGUCGCUUUUGGAGUCGACUCUCCGAAAAGGUACGACAAAGGCAGAAAAGGUAGUGGUAGCGGUUUAUCAGGUUUAAAAUUAUUGGCAGUUACGAUCAAACACCUUAAAAAUCCAUAUCAGAUCUUAAUCCUACCAAUUACAAUGUUCAUAGGAGCUGAACAAGCCUUUAUAGCUGCCGAUUUUAAUUCGGCUUUUGUGUCAUGCGGUUGGGGAAUUAGCAACAUCGGCUUCGUCAUGAUAUGUUUCGGAGUCUGCAAUGGACUCGCAGCUAUUGUUAUCGGGAGUGUAAUCAAAAUUACGGGAAGGAGUCCGGUUAUUUGUCUGGCUUUAUCGCUACAUGUCGCGCUAAUCGUAACCUUGCUGAUAUGGAGGCCGAAUUUGGAAGAGAAACUGACUUAUUUUCUGAUCGCCGGACUAUGGGGAUUCUGCGACGCGGUUUGGUUGGUUCAAAUUAACUCUCUCUACGGGAUAUUAUUUCCUGGCAAGGAGGAAGCGUCUUAUAGCAAUUUCCGAUUGUGGGAGUCUACAGGGUCCGUUAUCACUUACGCCUACAGUCCUUACUUGUGCGUCUCAAUUAAGUUGUAUCUUCUCCUUUGCCUUUUAAUAAUAGGUGCGGCUGGUUAUACAACGGUGGAGUACAUGGAAUGGAAGAGCAAACGGAAGGCGGAUCGACGAAGGGAAGUUUUAGUUUAAUCAGAAAAAACAAACCGUCCGCGGAAUUGGCCGAAUGAGUUUGAUAAAAUUUGCUAGUAACGAUCGAGUCAGAUGAAUAUUGCAAUAAAAAUACUUCGAACUUCGAAUAAAUUCCGUAUAACAAAGAGACUUUUUUCUCACAAAUACGGUCGGACACGUAUUUUAAAUUGGACUUUUGUUGAUGUAAGAUAAUUUUAUACAAUGUGUCCCAUUUUUGAGAUAUGACGUCGUCCACUAUUUUUUAAAUAGUAUUCUAAUUUUGUUCAUGUUUAGGUGGUAAAUCAAGUUGCUCUUUUCAAAUUUAUAAUUUUUGUUCCUUUUCAUUUAAAAGAUGAUGUUAUUUUCAUCUUAUUGAGAGUGAUAGAGAAAAUCAUUUUCUCAAGUUGUGGAGCUAUGAAAUUCUCCUUCGCCCCGGGCUUUCCUUUCCCAGCACCUUAGUCUGCAACCCUGUGUGGAUGUUUAUGUCAUUAAGCUUUGCAGUCUUUGUCCAUUCUGCAUAGUACUCAUUCAUUACUGAUUUUGUCGAUCCAGGAAAUCUGCAAUAUAGGCCUAUAACACCACAUCUCGAGCUCCCCGAGUUUCUUCAUCGGCGUCUCUGUCCGUGAACAAGUCGAAUCGGAAUAAACGGACGAAGUUUAUAAUGCUAAAGAGUGACUUUUAAAUAUAUGGUCAUUUAAAUUCGUUAAAUUCGUUAAAAAUAACUGAUAGUUGUCCAAGUGGAAUAUUGUUCUUGUUGACAAUUAUUUGUUUCUUUUUUUGACAUUAAAGUCAAGCUGAAACUCUUUACUAAUGUCUGCAAUACUUUUUAAAAGAUAUUUAACGUAAACAUUGAUUCAUAAAAAAACAUGAAAUCUACGUUUUUAAUUACGAAGAGUAUUCUGGCAAAACUCCAAAAAUGGUAGAAGCAUCGCACACGUCUGGAGUGAGAACACUUUACUAUAUGGUGUAUUUUAUUAUGAUUUUUUCAGAUUAAUAGAAGAACCUUGCCUAUCUUAAUGUGAUAGAAUUAUAAAAUACUACGGAUCAUUAAAUUGGGUGUACAAUUUAAAGGUCGGAUAAAUUGCGAUAAUAUUUCACUUUAAAUUAUAUAUUUCAGUUUUUAAUACUUGGACACCUUGAAUCGUUCCCAAGUUUGGACCACACAGCUAGUUUAUUAGAAAAAUUAAAAAUUUAUAUUUUACAAUUGUUGCCCUGUAUAUUAUAAUUAUAGAGAUAGGCUGAUAACUCAGAUAUUAGUUAUUCUGAGGUCAACUAAAUAAAAAAAAUAUAUUGUAAUAUAUACUAUAAAAAAACUAUUUAUCAUGUUCCAAAUAGUCAGAUGAACUAUAGCUGUUACCGUCCAGAGAAAUAAUUAGGCGUUCUGCAGUAUUUUCUAGCAUUUUAAUAUCUUCGUACGUGCUUUCUUCUAUUUCAUUCAUAUGUACGACGCACUUCCUCCAUUUUUCAGUCAGUACCAUUCAAUGCAAAAUCUACAUUACGGACAGAGAAAAUUUUGGAACAACCUGUCCUGUUCCUUAAAUAUCCUUUUUUUGAAUUUUUUCAUUCGCUUGUAAUUUGUCGUUUAAAAAUUAAGAUUACCGUAAUAUCUUCUAUUUGCACCACUGUUUAAAAUUUGUCAAAUAUGUCCGAGCAUAUUUCCAAACAAACUACUUUGAUUUAUUGAAUUUAUUACAUGUUAAGGGCUAAGAAUAUAAAGAAAAUUAGUGUAUGGGAAGAUAUAUUGAAUUAAUAGCAAUGUUCCGGAUGGCCUGCUCAUUAUUGGAUGACUGAAUCCAUAAAAAAAAGGCAAAGGUCGUUUGGAUUUACUUUCACUGUUCAUAUAUUAUAUUUUUAUGCAUUUUUAUAUUGGAUGUUUGUAUUUUCAUUUAACAGUAACAACUUUUUUAUGGAUAGAAAAAUUUGUACAUUACGUAUUUUUUAACUCUUCGGAUCUUUCUAGAAUCGUUUCGUAAUAUCUUAUACUUAAGUCUUACAAAUAAAAAAAAAAACUAGGCAUUUGCUGAACCAUCUCCAGAUGGACAAGAGCUCGCAAAACACGGUAUUAAACGAACAAUAGAAAAUUCUUAAAAAGUAUUUUCAUAUAUUGUUUACUGAAUGUUGCAAAUAUUAAAGUAUCUUUUUAAUUUAUUUUACUUACUAUUAAUGUGUUUAUUGUUACUAUUAUUUAUUUGUUUUUCUAGAAGGAAUGGUUUCCCGCUAAUAUUUAAAAAUCUACAACAUUUUGAAAUAGGCAAUCUUAUACAAAUUUAUUUAAGUAGGAUGUUUCCAUUUCAAGAAAAUUACUUCGAUAAAUACAUUUCGAUCAACAAAACGAUCACUUUGAUAUAAAAUUCAAAAUAUGUCGGAAACGGUAAGUUAUAUAUAGAAUAUGCCUAAAAUUUUCAUAGGAAUUAAAAAAUUAAACAUUAAAAUAAGAAAGAAAGAUAUGUUACAUUCAAUGUAUGUAUGUUUUUACAUCGUUGUACUUGACAUAUUAUUUAUACUAUAUCAUUUCUACCAUAUUAGUAUUACGUCAAACUUACUUUAACAAAUAAGUUCGUGACAAAUUUUAUGGAACUAAAAAAUAAUGCGGAUAAUUUAUGUUUUGAAUUCGAAUAAAAAAAUUGAUCACCUACCUUUGGCUUUUUCCAAAUAAAAACUAACCAAGAAAAUAUUGGUUUAACAAGAAAACUGAACUCAGGGAACACUCAAUAUAAUAUUUUUGAAAUAUGUGCAGAACAUGAUAAAAUGUUUGCUGAGAAGGAUUCUCAAUUUUUUUAGUUUAUUAUUAUUUUUUUAUUAUAUCCGUAAAUUCAUGGUGCCAAUAAUGUAAAAAAACCUGAGAAGUAGAAGAAACAUAAAGAAAUGAAAUUUAUCAUAAAAAUGUAGCAACAUGAAUAUGCAAACUUAAUAAUUGCUGAGUGCGGAAUUUAUUUUUCCAUAAAAUUGUGUGAUCUGUGAUAUAAUUUCUUGGUAUUAUUUAACUUUUGUCUAAUUUUAUGUUAGUAGAAUAUACUUAUUGUAUAAAUUAUAUCAGUUGAAUUAAAUGCCAUUUG